AUGGUUGAAACAGUGAAAAGCCUAAGCAUGGAUGAGACCGUGUUGGAAGAAACGCUCAGACCGUUCGGUGGGAGUGAGGUUGUCAAGGAGUUGGUGGCCAUCUUUCCCGUCUUACGUGAUUGGAUUACAGAGUUCCUGGGACAGAACAACUACAUGGUGUCAUCUGACAUUGGUCAUAACAUGCUGAUAGAGCAGGUCUUACGGCUGCUCUACCAUUUGGUCAAGUUUGGCUACUACAUGGACAGUGAAGACGUGCAGCAUCUGUUACCUCCCUUGUUGUGCUUGCUAGAUGGGCGGCAUGACUUCCCUUUUCCAAAAGACAGAGACAAAGGCUACUCCAAGGACGCCAUGAAGCAGGUAAUGCAGUUCCAGCACUCUGACCGCUACGAGAAAUCGCCAGAGACUUCGGCCAUUGUCCACGCCAAGUACCAGGCCCUAGAAGUUCUUGACCUACUUCUGACGUAUCAAAGGAAUUCUCGACUUCAGAGCUUUGUGGGCAAGUUCAAGGUUGCCGAGCAGUGUGUUGUCCAGCGUAAGCCGGCCAGUGUGCUGAGCACCCUGUUGUACGACACGUUUAACCCCCACGACCAGUCUAAGAAGUCGAUGAGAAAACAACGCCACGUGAACAAGGAGAUGAGAGACAUGUUCAGCCUGUCCGCCAUCUUUGAUAUCGAACUUCUGACCAAGAUCCUCACGGAUUUAUCCAAGUACAAGUACAACAAGCUGAUCACCAAGUCUCUCAACAUCCUCAACAAGGUGUACUCUUCCAAGACCAACAUGUUCAACCUGUCCUUCAAGGCCCAGAUUCUCCUGACUCAGGACUCCGCCAGAGUCCACCGCGAGGUGCUGAAAAAUAUGCCAGUCCUCCGCAGACUGUCCAGAGCUAAGCUGGACAACGAACAGGUCAAGCUGAUGGGCAGCAUCCUGGAUGAUCUCGCUGAGUUCUGCCACCUUCCUAUGACGCCAGACGAGCCACACCCCAUGAACCAGAACAUCCUCAUCAGUAAUGGUAUUUUGAUUAUCUUAUUUGACAUCCUUGUUCAAGAAGUUGACAUCAAAUUAUUUGAGCAAUAUGGCGGCAUGACUUCCGUUUUCCGGAAAACGUUGUAUCUCCUGAAGCUCCUAGCCAGGGAGAAUGAGGCUGUCCAGCUGCACAUAUUCGAGAGACUGGACAUCCUACUGGACGUUCGCGUUGUAGAGAGUGAGCUGGCUAUCGCUCUCAGAGAGGUGUUCUAUGGGAACCAGAACACCUGCCUGAAGAUCAACCCCAGACAGAUCCAGAAGAUCGUCAACCGGGCAGCAGACUUGCAGGAGAAAGGGCCAGAGUUCCUUGACCUUCUCUCCAUGAUUGUCAAGGUCGCCGGCACUGACCUGACCCUGAAGCGGAACCAGGCGUACGUGAUGAAGUACAUCAUGCAGAACUACAAGAAGGUGGCCUUCGUUCUAGACCUGCCCAGAGAAGAGAGGGAAGUGAUUUUGAGCCAAGCAGAGAAAAGGUCAAGGCUGCGCUACUAUAUAUGUCUGCUUGACUUGCUGGCCGCCUGCGCUGAGGGUGAGAACCUCUUCAUAGAGUCCCUGUGUCAGACCAUCCUGCCCAUGGACGACCUCCUGGCUAUACUCAACAACCCCUCCAUCGACAACGUGCUCAAAAAGCCCUUCCUCCGCUGUCUGCAUCACGUCUACAUGAAGAGCACCGGUAACGUCGUCGACAUGCAGACCAGUGAGAUACCACAUGACACUGAGCUGUGGGAGUACCUGUCCUCCUUGUCCAUUGAGAUCAACCGACUGACUGACAGCAUUAGAGAUGAUCCAGAGAAGCUUGGCAUACAUCUUAAAACUGCACCUGAGAAAAGUGGCUCUGCCAGUGCUCCAGACUUUGAGAGUUCAACCUAUGGCACAGUUCUGUACAUUCUGGAAGGUGUCUUGCCCUUCUUGGAGACUUUCUACAGAGAUUUUUACCUCCCUGACCAACAUUUACAUUCUAACGAGGCUGAUGAAACAGAUCACCUGGCAAAGGCUUGUGUGAUGUUUGGUGAGAUUGUCGGCCCUUUGCUGUUUAAGCCCCAGCAUAUGAAAAAUCUUGUCAACUGUCUGGCUGUCAUCGUGCCUAUUUCUAACAUGCCAAACUCUAAUCUAGAGAGUGUUAUGGAGCGGUUUGCCUCUGGAAUUACAGUUGAAGACACAUCAAGUGCUAUAAGAAGAGGAAACAUAGAGUACUACUCAGCCGAGGUUGAGCUAAAUGCUAAAUUCAGGCUGUAUGCUAGAAACUGUGCUGCUGUGUUUGCUGGACACAACACGGUCACUGCUCAGCUGAAAUUUAACAUGGCCAGACCCUACACAGUAAUUGAUGGAGAUGAAGAGCUCCCCCUAGGGGAAGAGUUUCAGAGCUUGGUCAGGUGUUUUGUGGACAUCCAUGAGAAGAAGCCAGAGAAAAAAUAUUUACCUGCUGUUAAACUGAUAGAACAGUUGGCGAUCUCCCUUGAGUACAAGAGACUGACAGAGUCAGCUCGCCUAGAGAUGGAUGAUCUCAACAUCAAAUGUUUCCAGGUGCUACGAGCCAUGAUCCACAACGAGGAGAGGAAGUUGCCAGAAGACUGGGCGACACGCACCAGUGAACCUAAGAUUAAAAAAGGUUUGAGGUUUGUAGCUGCCAUACAGAACCUGUAUGACCAGAAAGGUGCCAUGAAAAAAUCACUACCACACCUGGCUUCCAGAAAUGACUUCAUAGCUAAAGAAGUGCUGGCGUUCUUGUGUAUCAUGUUGUUCAAUGCUAAUGAUACAGUGCAGCAAUCUAUGCUGACCUACUUCUUCUCUACAAGAGAGGAGGUUUUCUUCAUGGCUGUCAGAGACAGAAUGGCACUGUCCACUAACUCCAUCAAAGAAAAGCGAUCCCUUCAAACACAACAUGAGGCAAAGCUCAAAGAAUCUUCUGACAGCAAGAAAGUGAAAAAUAUGUUCAUGGUUACCUUGAUGGCUUUGAGGCAAAUACAAGCGUAUGAAGAUGCAAUGAGACAGCAGAGACUAAGUGGCUGGACGAGAAAAACCACCAAAUCUUGCGUGAAGCCGCCCACCAAGAAAAGACCUAAAGUGGCGCCAGAACCAAACAAGCUGCCCAUCCAGAAGCCUCCCAAUGGCAAGGAUGCCUCGGUCAAGAGCAGGAACAAGAAAAACACAGAGAACAAGGACCUUGUCACCAACAUUAGUGGAAUCCUGAAGAAAGACAAGGAAGUGGCGUUCACAAAUCCUAUUGCUAAAGAAAAUGAAGCACUAAUGCAGGAUGUUACUGACUGUGAUAUGGCCAUUAAAAUGGAGGAGCAAGACUCUAUAGCCACUGACACGUCAGCUUUUGAAUACAGGAAUGAUGGGUAUAUUGAGCUUGUGCUCAAGGUCAUGGCCAGGAUGUGUGAUGGCCAGAACAAACACUUACAGGAUUACCUGAGAGAACAGCCAGAUAAUGUCAAGUCAUUUGAUAUCAUAGCAGAAGUGACCCGCUUCUUGAAUGUUGUCUACUCCAACAUCAACAGCAAGAAUAUUGACCUGGUCAUCCAGCUGUUUGAGACCAUGAAUGAAUUUACUGCUGGUAACCAAGAGAAUCGUGUCGUGAUCUAUGACAACAAAAUCAUUGAUUACAUCAAUUUUAUCUUGAGGUCAGGAGAGUUUGGAGACUGUUCUACUGAAAAGACACUUGAGCUUAGAAAAAGUAUUUCUAACCUGGUGAUGAGCCUGAUAGAGGAAAAUGGACCUGGGGCUACAGAAGUGGCUUUGGAAGUUAAAGACACCCUAGACAAGAAAGCUGUCCUGGCCCUGAUGGCCACCUGCUAUGAGCGCCACCAGACUGACAAAACUAAAAUCAUGGAGCUGAAAGCACUGGAGGAGGCACUAGCUGAUCCACUGGGCUCUCAGGGGAAGUUAUCCUCUACCAGAAAUCUGGUCAAAGGGAAGAAACUGUUGACUGGUGUAAUGAAGAAACAAAAGGAGGAGUUUGCUGAUGAGUACAUGGAUGUAGGAUUUAGUUUGUACUUGCUGCUGGCUCGUAUGUGUGACAUUGACCCUAAGCUGCACGACUACUUGAGGAUGACACCACUACAAGCUAAAGCUUAUAGCUUCUACAAGAAAAACUGUAUGUCCAUUGAAAUUGUAAAAGAAGGAGACCUUCAGAAGAUUAACUUCAGAGUUAAAAACAGGCGUGUCUUGCGGGAAGAGGUGAAGGAAAAAUUAAAAUGGGGCGUGGAUAGGUCAUCUCCUAGCAACAAGAUUCGUGACUUAAUGGGCUGGACAAAAGAUAUCAUGAAGGACAUAGCAUAUCAGCAGAAGAUCCUGAAAAACCCAGUGGCCAUUUUGUUGACAAAAGGAUGGCUAGUCUGGAACCAUCUGGUCACACUUCUCAGCUUCGCUAUCAACAUUCUAAUGCUGGUCACAUGGAAGGCAAGGGCAUCAAUCAAGGGCCCUGGAUCUGCCAACAAUGUCACAGGAAUGCCUGAUGGAAUCCAUGACCCAGUGCCUAAAAUCACCACCCUGACAGACAACAACUACCACAUAUCAAUUCUUGUGAUGGGGGGCUGCCACAACUUCCUCUCACUGCUGGUCUUUGUAAGCUACUUUGUCUGUAAUCACCCUCGGCUACCCAGCAUAAGGAAUGGCAUCAACGCUUGCAAGAAAUUAUCCCUCAAGCACAAACAGGACGAUGAAGAAGAUGAAGACAAAAAAAGAAAACAUGUUUCAAAACUUGAUGCUCGUUUUUUCAGCGUCACCACUUUCUACUAUGCUGUGUUUUUGGCUCUGUCAGUAAUUGGCACAUUUUCCAAUGGAUAUUUCUUUGCUUUCCAUCUUCUAAACAUUGUCAACAACAACCAACUACUGAGCGGUGUUAUUAAAGCUGUCACUCAAAACGGCAAGUCUCUGUUGUGGGUGGGUGUUCUGGGACUUGUUGUGUUCUACUUGUAUGGCAUGAUUGGCUUUGCCAUGAUGAGGAGCAUGUUUGACCCAGGGGAAUAUCUGUUCUGUGACACCCUGUGGCAGUGUACCAUCACCGUCAUACGCUACGGACUCAUUGGGGAUUUGUUUGAGGUGAUGAAACCACAUGACAACGAGAGGACUUUUGAGAGGUUCGGGAUAGUUGUCUUCUACCAUGUCUCUUUCUUCAUCUUCAUCACAACCAUUGGGCUCAACAUCAUCUUUGGUAUCAUAGUCGACACUUUCUCCGAGCUCAGGGAUCUCAAGUGGACAGCCGAGUCAGACAUGAGGGACACUUGUUUUAUCUGCAGCAGGAACUCAUACGACUUUGAGCAUCAUGGAAAGGGCUUUGAUCAUCAUGUCAGGUCUGAGCACAACAUGUGGUCCUACAUUUUCUUUUUCAUCCACCUCAAUGGCACUAAAGUCAAUGAUUAUACGGCGAUGGAGAUGUAUGUCUUUAAACUGCUUGGUAAGGAGAACUAUGAUUUCUUUCCCCUGGACCGUGCCCUGUCCUUGGCCUCAAUGGGUAAAGAUGCUACAGAGACCAAGCUGGAUGACCUUCUGGGGCAGGUCACCAGUAUUGUGGAGAAGCAGAGAGUUGAGGAAUUAGAAAAGAAGAGAAGGGAGGAACGCUUGAAGCAGAAACAGUGGGAACAGAAGUAUCGCAUGGGAUCUUUUCGUAGACGAGCUAGACUUCCAGGCCCCAUAGACACAGAUACCAACACCAUGGUUACAUCACAGACCUUGGCCCCAGAUGACCCCAGGAUGAUGCAGCUGAGUCCACUACCUGCUUACUCUCGCAGUCACAGAAGACAGAGUUUUGGUGAUUACACGCCAGGUCAAGGGAGGCCAUCCAUAGGAGAACUGGCAGCAAGAGUUAGUGAAGGAGUUAGACGACCAAGCAUAACAGAUGGACGUAUUGACCCAUCAGGUCCUAGACAGAGCAUAUCUGACCCCUCACACAGGCUGUCUUACCUGGAGAGCAGAAGGUCCAGCAUUGGUGACCACGGAGGUUUUGGUGCUUACCGUCAGCCUAGCACUACCAGGUAUGAUCGCAUGGAGAGACAGAGGACCUUGAGGAGUAUGAGCCCUGUACGUUUUGAACCAGAUCCACAGGCAUCAGCUCGAUACCUACGUGGCCACAGCCCAUCACGCUAUGACGUGGACGACCCAUAUGUGCGCAGCUUGAGCCCUGUACGGUAUGACCAGAGUGUUCGGAGUCCAGCCAGGUCUCGACACGGCAGCGACCCAGACAUAAUGGGGAUUAUAACCGUGGGGGCGUCCAGACGUGAGAUCCCCACCCGUGACCUGUCCAGCAUGUUGAGCCCCAGGUACCCAGACAGCAGGCAGGCGAGCCCACGUGGCGCCAUGAGCUUUUUCCCAGACUCUGAUUCCAUUCACAGCUUUAGGGGAGACGUGGGACCACCUGAUAGGUCCCUGGAAGAGUUCCCUGGGGAUCCCCUGGAGGGGCCAAUGUUCAUCUCACACCCAGACAUGCCCACACGGGAGAUGGACUCUGAUAGUGUUCACAGUGCAGACUACGGCCGCUAUGAAGGGAGACCUUAGUCACCCAACUCAUCUUUGGUGUACCAUUAUUACCUGUUCUACUUUUAUAUGGUUAUUAAAUGGCUGUGAUUAUUUAUAGAAAAAUCAUUUUUAUUGUUACUUUAUACUUUUAACAAACAAAAUUACAUUUUUUAGCUACUUGCUGAAUAUUUUAAUGCUACUAUUUAGUUAAUUUAGUAUAAUUAUUAAACUCCUUCAUGAACAGCCAUUUUGAUGGCAGAAUUAUUUUUAUCUUGUUUUUAAUUUUUAGCUACUAAACAUAUGGGUGAUAUUUAUUAAGAAUACUACAGUCAAAUAACAAGUAGUAGAUCUUUUUUGUUUUCUGAUUAAAUUAUAUAUUGUCUUAAGCUUCCUUUAUACGCUGACUCACUUAUAAUAGUUUUUACAAGCAAAAAAAAUUUGUAAGGUUUCAUUUAAAGGGCAAUUAGUUUUUAAACAACACUUUUUAGAUCUGGUUUAAGUGUGUUAAUCUUUGACAAUUUUUAAACAAUUUAUUCCAUGAUAUGUUUAAGCGUUCAAUUUUGCCAUAAACUGUUUAUGAAAGUGUUCAAAGUUGUUCCUAGUUCUAGACAGAUAUGCAUUUAUACAAGAGAGGGCUAGUUGUUUUUAGCUAGUAGGUUUUUGUACAUGCUUAGCUUCUGUGUAUUGCCACUUGCUACACAGUUUUUAAAAUAAUUUAUGUAUUAGAAUGUAGUUUGUGUUAUGAAAAUAGUUUUGUUUCAAUAACUGGGAUCACAAUUUAGCGAUGCAACUAUUGUACAGAUUACAUUACUUAUGUUUGAUACAAAAUAAUUUUUGCUGGGUAAUUGAAGCAGAAUAGUUUUCUAUUUAAGCAUGUGGUAGUAAGGCAUUUAUUUUUAAAUGGAAUGUCUACUUUAAUAUUAUUAAAACUAUAAAUAAUGGAAAAUAUUUUAAUACAAUAUAGUCAAUAUAGAUCUAGCUAAAUAUUUUAUACGACUGACAGUGUAAGUUAUUGAAUCAUUCCUCUACUUUUAUAAACGUCAUCAUGAAUAGUGUAUAAGAUGACAAUUCUAAGUAGAAAAACUACAUGAUUUUGAUUAUAUAAUUUGUGUUUGUUCUUCCAAUCUUUUCUUUGAAUUAAAAAAAAACAAUUUAAAUGUACAUGUAUUAAUGUUCAACAGCAGUACUACUGAAUAUUCCAUAUGCAAUAAUUUUUGUCACAAGCUGUUUGAACUCUUUUUUUGAAUGUUGUCAUACAUGACCUCACUGUAGUAUGUUUUUCCUGCAAGUAUGUUUGUUGUUUCACAGAGAUCCUUCAUGUUUAGGGUCCUAGCUAGUAGUGGUGUCACUUUCUGCUACUAGGUUUUUAUUUUACUCCAAAACACCCCUUCUGAUUAGUAAGAUGUAAAUGUAUAUCUUUGUUUCUCCAUAUUUUUCUUUGAUCUUCAAGUGUAAUUGCAAUUAUUUCCUAUUUUAUUAAAUUGGAGUAACUUUAAACUUAGAAAAAAAUAGUUUUAAAAUUAUUUUUUUUCAUGUUAUGUUAUUUUAAUUAAAGCCUCAAAGCAGCAUCUUAUGUCACAUAAAUAACUAUUUGAUUCACUAAAUGAUUCUGACUUGUUCUUGUGAGCUGAACUUUUUACAUCAGCUGAGUUCCACUUUUUUCUGACCCAUCCACAUUGUGCCAUCUCACAAGAGUUUCUAUUCAUUGAUACAAGGGGCACUUAGAGAUAGGUCAAAACUACACUAAGAUACAAGUGUUCUUUCUUUUAAUAUGUCAUGGGAGAACAAAAAAAAUUUAAAUGUCUAACACCAAUCCAAUGAAUGUGAAGCAUCAGAAAAGUAUGCUUGACAAAUAUGUUUGCAACAAAGCUAUUCUUAGGCAGUUUAACUUGAACCUUGAAGUCACAGGUUAGGAGGGUCAUAUAGGAGGUGAGACUUACAUGCCAUAGCAUCUAGGCUUUGAGCCAUGAGUAUUCCCAUCACAGCCACAUUAGUUAGGCAUAUUUUUUUUAAACUGAGGAGUUUAUAAUCAUUCCUAAAUUGUAACCGCUGCAUUUUAUUGAGUCUAAAUACUAAAUAAGUCUUUAGACUAGUUUUAAAGUGACUGUUUACUGUGAGGUAUGUAAGUACAUGAAUAAUUUAUGCAAUUGCUAUUGACAUUUACUUCAAUUUCUGUUUAAUGUUUCACUACAAUUUUUUUACACCAGUUUGUAUACAAACGUUUUUUUCCACUACUUGUAUUGAUUAGCAUACAUUCAACGAAACUGGUAUCAAAUAAAAAUGAAUUUGAAUUAUUUCUUACUCAUCAUUUCCCCAUUUUACAAAUGAUCCAUCACAAUCUAUUUAAUAAUAAAAGCUACCUUUUUU